AUGCAGUCGGCGCUGUACGGAGCAGGUGGGGGAGGGGGUGGGGGCGGAGCGCACGCGGGUAUGGACGCACUCGCGGCGGCGUUUGGGAGCGGCCAGCAACAGCAGCAGGACGCAGACGGGGCCGCUUCAGCGCCGGGCGGCGGCGGCGCCGGGGGGAUGGGAGCCGUGCUUCUCGAACGGAUGACACGGGAAGGCGGCGAUGGCGGAGAGCGGUGGGGGCGGUAA